CUUUAGUCAGUUGUCUAUGUUUAUAAACAAAGUAAAUGCUGCGACCGACCGUUUAAAUCUCUCCCGCUUUUCACAAAUUUUAUUUCCUUUUUCAAUAUUUUCCAUCAUUUUGAUUGCACAAUGACUGAUAUGUUCGCAGCUAAUUUGGAGAAAAUAUUCGAGAGCAUAUUAAGCACCAUUCGAGUGGUUUCGGAGUUUGGAGCAAUAGAACAACAUAAUUUCAAGAUAUAUGGCAAUCUAGCUGAAAAAUUGAUUGCAACCGAAAUUCAGUUCAACGCACACAGGAAAGCAUUGCAGGAAUCGUCCGGUGAAGUAACACCGGAAGAAUUCGAACGGCGAUAUGAAGCAAAUGCUGCCCCAAGUAAAACAAACAUCAAGAAUCUGAAACGUUAUAAGGAUUUUAUGGCCCAAACGAAGAUGUUGUUAACUCUUGCCGAAGAUCAGCGAAAUGGAACCGAGAUGGUAGAUGAUGAUUUGCAUGUGGAAGAAACCAUUUGUGAUAUCGAUCCUAUUACGAAACGACCGUUGGAAAUUCCGGUGCGAAAUAAAAUAUGUAACCAUGUAUACGAAAAAAGUUCUAUUGAGGCAUUGCUAAAGAAUAAUCCAAGGACCAGAUGUCCGGUAAUGGGAUGCGCUGCCAAUCAGUUUGUUACUCUAACAGAUCUUGCUGAAGAUAGAAUGUUACAGCACAAAUUAAAACUACAAAGACGUGAAAAUUUGAACUGAGUUAUUGAAACCUUGUUCCAAAUCACAUAUUUACAAUUAGUGUCCAAUAACCUAUUAUAUUUCGAAUAAACAACUAAACAACAGUAAAGAUA